GUAAUUUAAAAGGAAACCAGACCUGAAUUUUCAGAUUGGCUCCACUGUCCUCACCAGCUGAUGAAGUUUGAGGUUUUAGUCUCAGGGCUACAGUUUUUUUUUUUUUUCCUCCCAAGCAACAGAGGGAGCAACUUUUUUUGAGGGUUUGCUCACCUCCCAAUGGAUCCAUUGCAAAAAUUUAACCCAACCUCGACCCAGGAGUCUUUUCCGAUGUCUGAAAAUGAAGAAAAUUCAGUGGACUCUCAUCCGGUCAGUUCAGAAAUGCUAGUAAAGAAACUUCAUGACUUGACUCUGAAUCCUUGUGCUAAAUGGCCGUCCCCUCUGCCAGAAGGUCCACGCCAACCACUGGACAGGAGUGAGAGGGUCUUACUACGGGAGGUCAGAAAGGGCUUUCCCAACAGGCGGCGAGGAGUCCGGACAUUGUUAUCUGCACGGAAAGAGCUUGUGGAAAAAUGGAGAUAUCUCCUAAGUGUAAGAUUUUCCCAGAUGAGUUUGUGA